AUGGCUCAAAAGUUUCGUACAUUACUCGAUCUUUGUCGCCGUCGAGGCUUUUUAUACCAAUCAGCAGAAAUUUAUGGUGGUUUAAGAGGCGCCUAUGAUUAUGGACCAUUAGGUGUAGAAUUGAAGAAAAACAUUUUGAAUUCAUGGUGGCGUCGUCAUGUCUAUUAUCGAGAUGAUGUAGUUGGACUAGAUACAAGUAUUUUGACCCCUCAUCAUGUCCUUAAAGCAUCAGGUCAUGUUGAUGAAUUUACAGAUUUAUUAGUGGAUUGUACACUGACUAAGGAGCGUUUUCGACCUGAUAAAGCACCUCAAAUAACGUUAGAUAAAGACGGACAUAUACCCAUUUUAGCGCCUAAUAAAGAGACUGCACAAAUCUGGAAAAGUACAAUUGAAGAGCAACUAGCACCAAACAUCAAAUUAACUGUUAAAGGAAACUGUAUCCUUCUACAUACAGCAUCUAUAAUGAAUCCUGAUUUGAAAAACGGACAGGUCGGUGAGAUUACAUUUGAAAUGAAAGAUGACAACCAAAGCCCUUUUAUCUUAAAAUAUCAUGGAUACGUUGAACCCAACACAAACUCUCCCUUCUUAACUGAUAGUCGACCUUUUAAUCUUAUGUUUAAAACUUUUUUAGAUCCCAUUGAUCCAAUCGAUCGAGUCAUUCAAACAACCCUUCAACAAAAGGAAUCUAUCUCAUCAACCAUUCGAGCGACUGUGGAUGAAGUUCUGAAGCCAAGUACCGUUUACCUUCGACCAGAGACAGCACAAGGCGUCUUUGUUAAUUUUGAACAAGUUGUGCGAUCAAUGAAAAUGAAACCACCCUUUGGCAUUGCCCAAGUUGGUAAAUCAUUUAGAAAUGAAAUUCGCCUUGAACAUGGCAUCUUCCGAACUCCAGAGUUUGAACAAUUAGAACUUGAAUAUUUCGUUCCACCCAGUCAUUCCAACUCCUAUUUUGAUUAUUGGCGAAAAGAAAGAUUUCGUUGGUGGCUAGAACAUGCAUGUCAUCCUGAAAACUUUAGACAACGCGAUCAUACAAAGGAUGAAAUGGCACAUUAUGCAAGUGGUUGUACAGAUGUUGAAUAUCUUUAUCCUUGGGGUUGGGGAGAAGUAGAAGGGGUAGCGAAUAGAGGACAUUAUGAUCUCACACAACAUAUUCAAAACACGGGGGCUAAUUUUAAAAUAUCAGAAGAAUCGAGUAGUUAUGUCCCUCAUGUUAUUGAAAGUUCCUGUGGUCUAAAUCGUGCUAUGCUGGCUUAUUUAUGUGAUGCUUUCCAUCAAAUCGAAGAUGAAAAUGAUAAAGGGAAACCACCUCGUAUUGUUCUUAAACUUGAUCCUCGUUUCGCUCCUAUUAAAUGUGCAGUGAUGCCAUUAACUGGUAAACCUGAAUUCAAUAGCUUGACCCAAAAGGUUGCAAGGUCAUUAAGAUGUAAAGGAUGGUAUACUGUGGUUGAAUCACAAAAGUUGAAGAUUGGUAAAAGAUAUUACAGACAUGAUGAAAUCGGUACACCAUGGUGUAUCACGAUUGAUUACCAAAGUUUAGAAGAUGAAACAGUCACUAUUCGUGAUAGAGAUACUUGUAAACAAGAAAGACUUCAUUGGAAAGAAGUGCAACAAGUUAUUGCUGACAAAUUGAUGAAGGGAGAAGCUGAAGAACUUUUAGAUUAA